AUGCACAAUUUUUUUUUAAAUCAAGCGUAUUUACAAGCAGUUCUAGCUUAUGAAAAUCAUGAAGUCCCUGUUGGUUGUGUAAUAGUAAAAAAUGGUAUAAUUAUCAGUAAGUCACACAACUUAACUAAUAAGCUUCACACUCCCUUAGCCCAUGCAGAGUUAAACGCUUUAUCUAAAGUUAACAAUCUGUAUUCUAAUCUAAUAUUUUAUAUUACAUGUGAGCCAUGUGUAAUGUGUCUAGGAAUAUUAGAAAGAAUUAAUUGUACUGUGUAUUAUGGAUGUAAAAAUAGUAUAUUUGGUGGUACUAGUGUUAUUAAAAACAAUAAAGACUUUUUACAUAACUUAAAUGAUGCAAAAUGUUAUCAGAUACUUCAGAAAUUUUAUAAAAGAGAGAAUUUUAAUUUACCCGAGGAAAUAAGAAAGAAAAAAUAUUCUUAA